UACGCGUUUUAAUUUCUCUUUCGCUCUGCCGUUCAUUCAGCAUCAUCAGCACCAACGCGAGACUGAACAGCGGCAGGGGGUCGGAAAAGAAGACCAGAGAGAAAAUGACACACAGGAUGUUUGCUAAGGAUUCUGCCGAUGGCACGACGACAGUCACACCACGGAAAUGUUUAUCCAUUAUCAUUUACAGCGAAUGAAAAUCAAAAUAAUAAAAAUAUCUGGAAUGACGCUUGUUUGCUGGUAAUUGGUUACCCUUUCCUCCAAGGGGCAUCGUUUCAUUUCUCCCAGAGCGGAUUUAAGAAAACGAACAGUAUCGAGGAAAUGUGAAAAAACGCAGAGGAGCACAGCUGCAUUGUCUUUGCCGUGCGAUUCAUUCUUGUCGUUAAAUCGUCUCUAACCUUAUGAACAGUGCAAAGUAACGCUGCCGAGGCGGCAGGUAUGAAGCAGCGUAUGAUUUAUCAUCGCUCAACCCAAGCCAACCUCAACCGAUGGCGCCGCAGCAAAACACAAGACCGCCACCCCUGUAAAGACAGCGACACGCCGCCUCCGACGCUCCUGCUUCCCCUUCGUUUGUGACAUGACAGCACGGGGGAGAAAGGCUAGGAUCAAAGGCCGUAGACCUGCAGGCGGACGCCUGGACCGCAAGAGGAAGGGACUCCAGCCCGGGGAAUCCCGCAUAUCAGCUGCGGGAGAAAAGCAUCGGAGGCAGCGCCGUGAGCUGUCACGGACAUAUCGGGGGACACCUGAGAACAGGCAUCGCUGUGCCUUUUCUUACCCGCUAAUCAUCAUUUAAGUCUUUGAAUUUUUGUUUUAAAUCGCAUCGGUUCACUUAUUUAUUUAUUUGUGAUUAUUAUUAUUAUGUAUUCUUGUAUUUAUGAUGCUGCUUAUAUUUUCAUAGUUUGUUGAAAUUAUUUGUUGGUAAAUACUAUUGAGGAAUUAAGCUGUAUGAGAUCUGACCGCGAUUAAUGCGCCAAUCGGCCCCAUCUCAGCUGCUCUCCCCGUGGCUGCUUCUUGUGACUCUAGCCACCGCCAUGGGCUGCAUCCAGAGCAUCGCUUGUAAGUCCCGUAUCAAACGCGAAAACAUCGUGGUCUACGACGUCUCGGCAACCAUCGAUCAGUGCCCGACAGUGAUUGAGGAGAACUCGCCCAUUGUGCUGCGCUACAAAACACCAUAUUUCAAGGCUUCAGCCCGCGUGGUGAUGCCCCCUAUCCCUCGCGAUGAGACGUGGGUAGUAGGUUGGAUUCAGGCUUGCACGCAGAUGGAGUUUUACAACACCUACAGCGACAUCGGCAUGUCGAGCUGGGAGCUUCCAGAGCUCCGCGAGGGCCAGGUCAAAGCCAUCAGCGACUCGGAUGGCGUCAGCUAUCCCUGGUACGGCAACACCACUGAGACGGUGACGCUCGCGGGUCCCACCUCCAAGCCCUCCCGCUUCACCGUCAGCAUGAACGACAACUUCUACCCCAGCGUGACGUGGGCCGUGCCCGUCAGCGACAACAACGUGCCCCUGCUGACCCGCAUCAAGAGGGACCAGAGCUUCACCACUUGGCUGGUGGCCCUCCAUACUGGCACUAAGGAGAAGAUCAUUCUGCAGACGGUCAAGUGGCGCAUGCGGGUGGAUAUUGCCGUGGAUCCUACGAAGCCUCUUGGGGCCCGGGCAGCGUUGAUCGGUCGUCCGCAGCAGGACCAGCCACGAGUCCUGACCCGCAUGGAGCCCAUUCCACCCAAUGCCCUGGGCCGCCCUAACGCCAACGAUGCCCAGGUGCUGAUGUGGAGGCCCAAGAGGGGAACCCCAGUUGUGGUCAUCCCGUCCAAGUAGUGCGAUGGACAGCCUGGCUAAGAGACCCACAGCAUUAGAGACUCACAGACAAAAGGUGGGGUUCCGCCUUAAAUGCCAACCAUUACCUUUGAGCGGGGGGACAGGAACAUUGGAGCAAAGGAAGUGGGAAGAGUAAGACAGGAAGUUCGAAUCUGCCUUAAAUUCCAUGACACACUGUAUGUAGGACCACAUACGCACAGACAGUGUCCCUCGGCUGAGCCACCGAUCGCUCUGUGUGUGACACAUCACUCCGUCAGGGGACAGGGACCGGGCGCCGAGCUGUCCGAGCAAAGAGGACGCAGGGGACACCAGGUGACCUCGCAUCUGCACAUGCUGGUAGCUAGGUGGCCACGGAGCCCUCACCUUAGCGCACACAGGAAUGCCUUCAAGGGUCUGGUAUUCCAGUGAAGCAUGCUUCUCGACAUCGAGAGCAAAUGGGAUCCUUCAGACAGUCGUGGAACUGCCUUAAAACUUCCAGCAUAGUUAAGACGGGGACAGGGGUCAUUCUUAGGAUAUAGCCUGGGAGUUUGGAAGAUGGAGCAAGCAGUUUGAUGGAUCCGAUGGACAGAGAGCAAUUUUGACACUGUUCAUUGUCUAGGUGCAAACCAUACAGGCCUUCUAAGUCAAAGGGACACCACUGUACCCUGCUUUCCUCAGCAGAGUCGAGCCAAAACUACUCAUGUCAUUGUGGUUUAUGUACAGACAAGCACAGUAACGGUCAAACCAAAAUGUUGGUGGACCACAUAGAGACCAGGCAACUAAACAGACACACAGACGCGCAACGACCUGCACACUGAAACCUCAGCAAGUUUCAACCAUCCAUGCCAUUUUGAUUCCCUUAAGUCAUGUUUUCUAGCAUUGGUGUGUCGGAACACUGAGCCCCUAGUCCCAGGCGUGGGAGAGGGGGGGUGGGAAUGAAGCCUGCACAGGGAUCGGGGGGCAGACAAGCACGGGGGCAAAGAAAUCUUUGGUCUUGUAUUGUAUUUUUUUGCAUGCAAGCAGUGUUUCCAAAAACAAUAAAAGACUAAAAUUAGCAGCAGUCGCUAGUUGUGUUUGAGGGAACAUUACAGCCCUAUACGCCACUCAUGCACAUGCUAAGAGGCAGCACGGAUG